GCACGCGACGCUACUGUCGCCUGGCCAGGAUCCGUAGAUCGCUGCCUCUGGAUCACCGCCGAGGAGAACCGGAACUCGUAACCACCCCCGACUUGCAACCUGUCGCCGCGUGUACAGUGAUCAUCCUAGUGACCCAGCACCAUGACGACGACCACGGGUGAUCCGUCGACUCUCAAAAGCCCAGCCUCGCUUUCCGGCGGCGACCUGGUCUCCCGCCUAUUAGCAGCGACACCACCGUACUUGUACAACGUACCUCUAACACCGCACAGCUUCUUCUUCAGCGAGAUGCUCCGUUCCUUCGUGCAAGCAAAGACCGAGGUCUCGUCCGCGACUAACACCACGAGUGCACCUCGGCGUCGCAAGAGAUCCUGGCGAGAUGCCCGUGAUCGUCCCCUGGAACUGACCACGAAAGAGAGGCAACAUCAUCAUCAUCAUCACCAUUCCCAGCAACAGCAACAGCAACAACCUCAGGACAAGUACUUCCACAGCCAACAGCCACCCCAGCAAGCGGAGACACGGUUGGAGAACAGCAGCAAGCAGAGCGACAGCUACGACCCAGCUAGCAAGGUGGGCAACUUUGAGCAAAAGCCAAGUUUCGGAGCUGACAUACUGAAGUCCGUCGAUGAGAACAAGUCGGAGUUCAGCAAGCAAAGCAAGAGUUUCUUCGACGAGCGACCACGUCACUUCGAGCAGGCCCAGCCACCUGAAAACAUAUUUUCCAGUGAGUUACAGAAGAUCAAGCCCGAGGAGUCGCACUCCAGCGACCGCAAGACUUGCAGUUACACCGACAGAAGCCCGUACGACGAUCGCACGAAAAGCUCGAUUGGCAAUCCAGAUUUAUCACCCAUGUUGUCAGACCAGAAGAAACUCGACUUCUCGAGGAACUUUCUACCCAGCCUUCCGGGUAGGGGCUGCGACAUGCUUCCGGGCGUGAAAGGAUUCGGUCUACCAGGAAACGUGACCAACCCUGAGUUUCUCCCUAGCCCACUUUGGUACCCACCUUAUCCUAUGCCUCAGUCCUAUCCCGGGAUAGAUCCUUUGCACUUUUUCAUAGACCUCCGCGUGUCUGGUCACAUCUGGGAUCGCAAGCUGAGCGAGAGGCAGCUGCCCUUCAAAGGCAAACAUUGCUCUGCCUUCAGCGUGCCACAGUCCAAGGAGUAUAAUAGUAAUAGGCCGUUAAAUCUGACGAGAGACGAGGCUAGCACGUCCAGGAGCAGUGAAGAAAAUUUGCGUGGCACCAAUUAUAUUCUCAGACAUCUCACUAGGACAUAUAGAGACAUCAGCCAUGCACGGAAAGCGUCCAGAAGUGAAACCUCGACUUCUGCAGAGAGCGAGGAGAGCUCGAAGGACGUUGAUAACAGCAAUAGGUCCCCGAAACCGGAAGACAUCGCCGUUGCGUCCACAAGUCCGGAAGAAGAGAGGAAGGAUCUCCGAGCGUUGAUAGGGUUGGAGCUGGUGGUGGAUUACGUGAAAGAACCGAAGGGAGAUACCCCAAACGAGCAGACUUCGCAAGUAACCGAAUAACUCGUGAAAAUCGAACGAUUCUCUUUCGUUCUUGCCUGUAUAAAUAGAUGUAGCUCCGACAUUUAC